AUGGUCACCCUUAUGCGAGGAACACAACCAGCGGGUCAGGUUAUCCGCCGAAAUCCUAAUGUUAGCGACAGGUUCCAGCGGUUGAACCCGCCUGUUUUUCAAGGAAAAGCAGGGACUGACCCCUGUGAGAGUGAGUUUUGGCUGGAGCAGGUCGAAAAGAUCUUUGACUUUAUUGGCUGUGAGGAGGAGGAUAAAGUUGGUUGUGCAACAUUUAUGCUUCGUGAUGAAGCUGACCAGUGGUGGAAAAUGAUGCAGAGAACCCUACAAGGUCCUGAAGGACGAGGUACGCCAGUUACUACAUGGGUGCAGUUUAAGGAACUUUUUAAUACGAAAUACUUUCCUUUGUGUAAGAAAAUGGAGAAAGGUCGGGAGUUCAUGAAUCUAAAACAAACUGGGGACAUGUCCGUCGCCCAAUACGAGGAUCACUUCACAAGGCUGAUCAAGUAUAUGCCUAUAUACAACCUGGACGAGGAAGCCAAAGCGCAGAAGUUCCUUGGAGGACUGAAGUGGAAGAUUCAACUAGCCUUAAGCUCCUUAGGGACACGCACCUAUGCAGAAGUGGUGCUGCAAGCCUUGACGGUAGAAAGCAACUUUCGGCGAAUGGAGACUUUGGGAAUGGAAUUUCGUGGGCCCGAGGAUGGAAGGGAAGCCUUGUAG